AGCGAUAUUGUAUGUGUAAGCAGGGUUUUGCCAAACAAAAUUGACAUCGAUAAUUAUAAUUGAAAAAUAUGCGCCAUAUUACAAGCAUUCCGGAGUAACUUGCCGACAUGCGGUAGCUGCGCUUUUUUCACAAAAUUUUAGGAUCAUUAGUAGUUUGAUCCAAGUGUAACAGAUAUUUUAUAUCAAGUGAAUAUAAAUUAAAAUAGUUUAAAGUCUAAAUUUUUAAAUCAACGAACAGCAUUAUUUAGUGAACAUCAAUAGACACCUCUAGACGAUACUAUGUCAGAUGAUAUUAUAAUGCAAACUGCAAAUGACAGUAAUGCAAUUACUGGUUUUAAUAAUGUACCGACAAAAGAUUCUCCCACGACACCAGCAUCUGCUGACGAGAUGACAUCUAGAGAUUAUUACUUUGACUCUUAUGCGCAUUUUGGGAUUCAUGAAGAAAUGUUGAAGGAUGAAGUGAGGACUAUCACAUACCGUAAUGCUAUGUAUCACAACAAACAUCUUUUCAGAGAUAAAGUUGUGUUAGACGUGGGCUGUGGAACAGGUAUAUUGUCGAUGUUUGCAGCUAAAGCAGGAGCAGCAAAAGUUAUUGCAGUAGACUGUUCAAAUAUUGUUGAAUACGCCAGACAAGUUGUUAUUGAUAACAAUCUUGAAGGGAUAAUUCAUGUUGUUAAAGGGAAAAUAGAAGAAGUUGAUUUACCUUUAGGUAUCAAAGAAGUUGAUAUUAUCAUCUCAGAGUGGAUGGGGUAUUGCCUUUUCUAUGAAUCAAUGCUGGAUACCGUAUUGUAUGCUAGGGAUAAGUGGCUGAAACCUGAUGGCAUGAUGUUUCCUGACCGUGGAACGCUGUACAUUACAGCAAUUGAAGACCGUCAAUACAAGGAUGAUAAAAUCAAUUGGUGGGAUAAUGUGUAUGGAUUUGAUAUGAGUUGUAUUCGUAAAGUUGCUGUAACUGAGCCGCUUGUGGAUGUUGUUGAUCCAAAACAAGUAGUGUCAAAUUCAAAUUUAGUAAAAGAAGUUGACUUAUAUACAGUAAAGAAGUCGGAUUUGGAGUUUUCAACGCCAUUUAAUUUAACCAUAAAGCGUAAUGAUUUUGUUCAAGCGUUGGUUACGUAUUUUAAUAUUGAAUUUACGAAGUCUCACAAACGUCUUGGUUUUAGUACAUCACCAGAUGCUACGUAUACACAUUGGAAGCAAACUGUAUUUUAUCUCGAUGACUACAUGACAGUUAAGAAAGGUGAAGAAAUCACUGGUACAUUUAAAAUGAAACCAAAUCAACGAAACAAUCGAGAUUUGGAUUUUGUAAUUGAUGUUAAUUUUAAAGGUGAACUUUCAGAUGUUCAUGAAACAAAUACUUAUAGAAUGCGCUGAUUUAUUUGAUAAAUUAGUAUACAUAUAUAAAUAUACAAAAUUUAAAGUCCCAUUUUGUAGCUCCUAAUAUCGACCAUUUAUUUUACAAACGCUAACUUAUACAAAUUUUUUUUUUUUAUUGAUUUAAGUAAAAUAUAUUUGUGCAUUCAAUUUCCUUUAUAAACCUAACAAUAAAAUCUAAUGGUACGUAUAUUUAUGUCUUUUUUUCUUUUAGUUUUUAUAAUUAAGGUAAGUUUAGGUAAAAUAUUUACUGCUGCCGCCGGUAGAUGGAAAAUGCUAAAUAUUUUGGAGUAAUCCUGCUGUUAAUUUCAGACUUAUUCCUUUCUGUUUAACAAUGAUUUUAAUAUUAAGAAAUUAUAUUAACAUUUGAUUG